AACUCAUCCAUCAAAGGCUCAAAGCCGUCGUCUCCGAGGAGCAUCUUCCUCCACCCUGCCCCCCACCACCGCCACGGCCGCUCUCUCCUCCGUCCUCCCUCUCCGUCCGUCCAUCGGCCGCGACCCGCGACAAAAAAAAAAAUUGCCUGGAGCCUUUCCUUUUCGUGGAUCCCUUCCACUUCCCCACGAGGCAACCAGCCAGCGCUAAUUCCAUUCCUUAAUUGCCAAUGGCGACCGCUUGGGCCAGUACGGCCUUGCCGCGGGCGCCUUGGGAUAAACUCCGCGGCAAGGAAGGCACCCGGUGCCGCCUUAAUAGCCUCUUCAGUCUUCCCCCCGUGGCAGCUCUGGUCCCGCGGGUUGUGGUAGGGCACCGCCAUGGGUGGUCUUGCUGGCCCUGGCUUCGUGCUGCUUUCAUGGGUGCUUUUCUCCCCCUGCCUCUUCUCAGUGGAUGGGCUGUCCAAGGUGAGGGCUGUUAACUUGGGAGGAUGGCUGGUGGUUGAAGGGUGGAUUAAGCCAUCACUUUUUGACGGGAUUCCAAAUGGGGAUAUGCUAGAUGGGACUCAGGUGCAGCUCCGCUCUGUUGUGUUGAAUAAAUAUGUUAGUGCAGCCAAUGGGGGUGGUUCAAAUGUGACAGUGGACCGUGAUGUGGCCUCAACAUGGGAGACAUUUAGGCUUUGGAGGGUGUCAGAAAAUGAAUUUCAGCUUCGAUCUCUUGGAGGUGAAUUUUUGACAUCAAACAGUGAAGAUGGUUUGAUCUUGGCAACAGCAAGGGAACCAUUGUCCACUGAGACUUUCUACAUCGAAAGGAAUGAUGAAAGUGUCCAUAUCAAACUUCUGAAUGGAGGCUAUGUGCAAGCAACAAACGAUCAUCUGCUUAUUUCCACUAAUCAAUUCCAACCAGGAUGGGAUAAUAAUUUAGCGACAUUUCAAUUGGUGAUUGUUGCCAAUAACUUGCAUGGAGACUACCAGCUUGCGAACGGUUAUGGUUAUGAGAGGGCGAAGAUGGUCUUAGAAGAGCACAGGACAAGUUUCAUAACAGCAAGCGACUUUGAUUUCCUAUCUCGACAUGGAAUUAACACUGUGAGAAUUCCUGUCGGAUGGUGGAUAACACAAGAUCCAUUUCCACCAUCUCCAUUUGUAGGAGGGUCUUUGGCAGCUCUGGACCUAGCAUUUUCAUGGGCACAAUCUUAUGGUUUGAAAUGUAUAAUCGAUCUCCAUGCUGCUCCUGGUUCUCAAAAUGGAAUGGAACACAGUGCGAGCAGGGAUGGUUCCGUAGACUGGCCCUCACCUGAAUAUGUCUCGCAAACAUUAGAAGUUAUUGAUUUCCUGGCGACAAGGUAUGGAGGCCACCCUUCCCUUUUGGGCAUUGAGCUUCUGAACGAACCUUCUGCAGCUACCGUUCCUUUAGAUGUUCUAGUGUCCUACUAUACGAGGGGUUACCAAAUUGUGAGAAACCAUUCAACAACUGCAUAUGUUAUUCUCUGCCAAAGAAUCGGAAAUGCAGACCCAAUCGAACUGUUUCAAGCUGGUAUUGGUCUUUCAAAUGUCGUAGUUGAUUUACACUACUACAACUUGUUCGAUCCGUACUUUGCCAGCAUGAACUCCACUCAGAAUAUUGAAUUUAUUUACAAGAAUAGAGCACCACAAUUGCAAGCUCUUAGGGACACAAAUGGGCCUCUUCUCUUCAUUGGUGAAUGGGUUAAUGAAUGGGACGUGCAAAAUGCAUCUCAGUAUGAGUACCAGAAGUUUGGCAGAGCUCAGUUGGAUGUUUAUGCGAACGCCACCUUUGGGUGGUCAUAUUGGACACUGAAAAAUGACAGGAUGCAUUGGGACUUCGAGUGGAAUAUUCGGAAUAAGUACCUCCUGUUCAGUGCUUCAUCCCUGCUGAAGACGCCAAGCUUCCUUCUCCUGCUAGCACUUGGAUGGGGAACUUGCCUCACCAUCAUGCCAAGAUAACCUGGAACAUCCUGGAGGACAUGCCAGGGGCACUCUUGUCCCGCUGCCGUUUUGCCAUGUCCCUUCUCCUCCCUGCGUUCACGUCAGCAGGCAAGAUAUUCAUUUGUGUACAGGGUGCCGACGAUAGAAUUGUUCUUUUUUCCCGACGCACUUUGGUUGUUGUAAUUGCCAAUCGAGCAGAGCACCAUUGUUCAGUACAGUACAGUUCAGGAUGGAGACAGUCGCGUUGGGCCUCUCAGAAA